AUGACCAUCACAACAACACCCACGUCAUCAGCAAGCAAAUCAUGGGCUGACCAAGAGGAAGAAGGCAACAUUGUCCAAAUCAUUGAUGAUAAAAAGACCGGAAUUAAAACAAUCAUUGAAGAGAAGAUGAAGGACGGAAAGAAAGUGAGAAUUACUAAAAAAAUUAAAACUGUAAAAGUUCAAAAGAAGCACAAUCCACUCGUUGAAGAAAGACGCAAGUGGAAGAAGUUUGGUUCUGCUCAAACGGGAAACCUUCCUGAAGUUACUGCUGUUGGAGAACCAAUUAAUUUUGAAUAUACCAACAAGAAGCAAUCAACUGCACUACAAACUGUGAUGGAUGAACAAGAACUAUUACUCAACAGAAUUCAAAUGCAACUUGCAAAGGAAGCCACAGAAGUCAAGGAUGAAGCCGAGACUGAACCACAAGAGGACGAAGACAAGCUCAAAGCUCCAAGCAGUGGUGCUUAUAUUCCUCCUAGCUUGAAGAACAAACAACUCGGAGCUGGAAGCACAGGUCGUAGCGACGUCAAUACCACCAUCCGAGUUGGAAACUUGGACCAAGGAGCCACAGAAAGUGAUUUAAGAUUAUUAUUUGGUGACGUUGGAAGAAUUGCAAAAGUUUAUCUUCCAAUGAACAACGACAGAACUCGUAACAGAGGUUUUGCUCUCAUCACCUAUACCACUCCUGAGGAUGCUGAAAAAGCCAUCAAUAGAUUUGAUGGAUUUAUCUUGAAUCACUUGUUGUUGGAUGUGGAAUGGUCAAAGACCGAAAGAAAGUUUUAA